AACUGGGGUAGUAUCGUCUUUUUAAUUUUGUUGAAGGGCUGAGGUUUUAGCCAAGAGGUGAGGUUUCUGUGUCGUGUUGGAAUUUCGAAGCAGCAACAACCAGCAGGAGGUGAAGAGAUGAUAGCCACUUCAAUGGCGAUGCUCCAGCAAGUGUGCUCUGUGCCCCUUGCACGUGCCGUUAGGCGCCCACGUUCCCUUACCGUCGUAUCCUCUCGUAGCCUCUCUACCUCCUCCCCCGCGUCUCCGCACCGUACCUCGCACGUGAACCCUAACGUGCUGCUUGGCAUGUCGGAGCCGGAGCUUCAACAGCUCGCCGUCGACUUGGGCCAGCAAACCUAUAGAGGAAAGCAGCUCUACCAUCUAAUAUACCAGAGAAAGCUCAAAGAAAUCCAAGAUUUUAGUCAAUUGCCUCAGGCAUUCAGAAAUGAUCUUCAAGAAGCAGGAUGGACAGUUGGGCGGUCACCAAUUUAUCGCACUGUUACUGCAGCUGAUGGCACUGUUAAGUUACUAAUUAAAUUGGAGGACAACAGAUUGAUUGAAACUGUUGGCAUACCAGUUGAAGAUGAAAAAGGCUCAAUGCGCCUUACGGCAUGUGUCUCAUCUCAGGUUGGUUGUCCAUUGCGCUGCUCAUUCUGUGCCACUGGAAAAGGUGGGUAUUCAAGAAAUCUUCAAAGGCAUGAAAUUAUUGAGCAGGUUUUGGCUAUUGAGGAGAUCUUCAAACAUAGAGUGACAAAUGUAGUCUUCAUGGGAAUGGGUGAACCAAUGCUGAACUUGAAGUCUGUACUUGAAGCUCACAGAUGCUUGAAUAAGGAUGUGCAAAUUGGGCAAAGAAUGAUCACGAUUUCCACUGUAGGGGUCCCAAAUACAAUUAAAAAGUUGGCUUCCUGCAAACUUCAGUCAACAUUGGCCCUCAGCUUACAUGCUCCAAACCAGAAACUUAGGGAAACAAUUGUGCCAAGUGCAAAAUCAUACCCCCUAGAUGCAAUUAUGAAAGAUUGCAGGGACUACUUCCUUGAAACCAGUCGACGAGUGUCCUUUGAGUAUGCUCUUUUAGCUGGGGUCAAUGAUAGAACAGAGCACGCAGUAGAACUUGCUGAGCUACUUCAUGAGUGGGGACGUGGUUCUCAUGUGAAUCUGAUACCUUUCAAUCCAAUUGAAGGCUCUGAUUAUCAACGACCAAAGAAAAAGGCGAUACAAGCAUUUGCAGCUACUCUGGAAUCUCGUAAAAUAACCGUAAGCAUACGUCAAACAAGAGGCCUGGACGCAAGUGCUGCUUGUGGUCAGCUGAGAAACGAGUUCCAGAAAAGUCCUUUACUUACUGACUCCGACAGCUUACAACCACAACCAGACAUUGCAGUUGCAUGCUGAUUCCAUAAAAACACUGGUAGACUCCCUAUAUGCUCUGUUUUUCUAUAUCCACCCUCCACACACGUCCUUUCUUCCCCAUCCGCAAGGAUAUUGAUGUUUGGUGAUGAAGCUAGUUGGUUCUUCAUCAGUGUUGAUAAUGGCAUGCUCCAGAAUUCAAAUCUUCUACAUGAGCCAACAAAGUGAACAUAGUUUCGCAAAUUAUGCAGAACUAUGUGGUUAAAAUGUAUAUUAUCCUUUGCUGAUUUCCUGACAGAGUUGCAGCACAACAGAAGAAUGAAAUACUUUUGACUCACCGCUGUUGCAGGGUGAAAGGAUAGAUGAAUCAUGAUCACAGAGCAGUAAUUUAGCAUAAAAGUAACCUGUUUCCAACAUUACCAUUGAUUAUUUUGGGGCUUGAAUCAGAGAUCGCUGCUUGAAAGGAUUAGACUAUGCAUCAUUGUAAUUAGAUAGACAACUAAAUCUUUUUUCCAUAUAAUUAUGUAUAAUAUGCUACAAAAUAUUAUUUCCUCCUCA